AUGCCGGCUUUGCCCGCGCUGCUGCUGCUGCUGAUUCUCGGCUUCGCCCACAAGAGCCUAGAGGUGCUGUCCUCUCUGCGCAUGGCUGCCAUUUUGGAUGACCAGACAGUUUGUGGCCGGGGGGAGCGACUGGCAUUAGCCUUGGCUCGCGAGCACAUCAACAGCAUCAUCGAGGUGCCUGCCAAAGCCCGCGUGGAAGUGGAGAUCUUCGAACUGCAGCGGGACAGCCAGUACGAGACCACCGACACCAUGUGUCAGAUCCUACCCAAGGGAGUCGUGUCAGUAUUGGGCCCAGCCUCCAGCCCAGCCUCCGCAUCUAUCGUCAGCCACAUCUGUGGGGAGAAAGAGAUCCCCCAUGUCAAGGUGGGUCCUGAAGAGACCCCCAAGCUGCAGUACUUGCGCUUUGCCUCCGUCAGCCUGUACCCCAGCAAUGAGGACGUCAGCCUGGCUGUGUCUCGCAUUCUCAAGUCCUUCAACUACCCCUCAGCUAGCCUCAUCUGUGCCAAGGCUGAGUGCCUGCUGCGGUUGGAGGAGCUGGUGCGGCAGUUUCUCAUCUCCAAGGAGACCCUGUCGAUCCGAAUGCUGGAUGACACCAACGACCCAACUCCGCUGCUCAAGGAGAUCCGCGACGACAAGAUCUCUACCAUCAUCAUCGAUGCCAACGCUUCCAUUUCUUAUCUCAUCCUCAAGAAGGCUUCGGAGCUGGGGAUGACAUCUGCCUUCUACAAAUACAUCCUGACAACCAUGGACUUCCCAAUCUUGCAUUUGGACGGGAUUGUGGAUGACCACUCCAAUGUCCUGGGCUUCUCCAUGUUUAAUACCAGCCACCCCUUCUACAUGGAGUUUGUCCGUAGCCUCAACAUGUCCUGGCGGGAGAACUGUGAGCUCAGCCCUUACCCUGGGCCUGCGCUGUCAGCGGCGCUGAUGUUCGACGCGGUCCACGUGGUGGUGAGCGCUGUGCGGGAGCUGAACCGCAGCCAGGAGAUCGGGGUCAGACCCCUGGCCUGCACCUCCGCCAACAUCUGGCAGCACGGGACCAGCCUGAUGAACUACCUGCGCAUGGUAGAGUAUGACGGGCUGACGGGGCGCGUGGAAUUCAACAGCAAGGGCCAGAGAACCAAUUAUACCUUGCGAAUCUUGGAAAAAGCCCGCCACGGACACCGGGAGAUUGGGGUGUGGUACUCUAACAGAACGCUUGCCAUGAAUGCCACGACGCUGGACAUCAAUGUCUCGGAGAGUCUGGUCAACAAGACGUUGAUAGUCACCACCAUCUUGGAGAACCCCUAUGUGAUGCGCCGUGCAAACUUCCAGGAACUGUCCGGCACCGAGCAGUAUGAGGGCUUUUGUGUGGACGUGCUGCACGAACUUGCCGACAUCCUGAAGUUCCGCUUCCAGAUUAAGCUAGUGGAGGAUGGACUCUACGGAGCCCCUGAGCCCAAUGGAUCUUGGACUGGCAUGGUGGGAGAGCUCAUCAACAGGAAAGCUGAUCUGGCAGUGGCUGCUUUCACCAUCACAGCUGAGCGGGAGAAGGUCAUCGACUUCUCCAAGCCCUUCAUGACCCUGGGAAUCAGCAUCCUGUACCGUGUACACAUGGGACGCAAACCAGGGUAUUUCUCCUUCCUGGAUCCCUUCUCCCCAGCUGUUUGGCUUUUCAUGCUCCUGGCCUAUCUUGCUGUCAGCUGUGUCCUCUUCCUAGCUGCCCGGCUGAGCCCCUACGAAUGGUACAACCCGCACCCCUGUCUCCGGGAGCGGCACAACAUUCUGGAAAACCAGUACACGCUGGGGAACAGCCUCUGGUUUCCAGUUGGAGGGUUUAUGCAGCAGGGGUCCGAGAUCAUGCCCCGGGCCCUCUCGACCCGCUGCGUCAGUGGCGUCUGGUGGGCCUUCACCCUGAUUAUCAUCUCCUCCUAUACGGCCAACCUGGCUGCCUUCCUCACUGUGCAGAGAAUGGAGGUCCCCAUCGAAUCGGCAGAUGACCUGGCUGACCAAACCAACAUCGAAUAUGGCACUAUCCAUGCUGGUUCCACAAUGACCUUCUUCCAGAAUUCUCGGUACCAAACGUACCAGCGGAUGUGGAAUUACAUGCAUUCGAAGCAGCCGAGUGUCUUCGUGAAGAGCACGGAGGAGGGAAUCGCCAGGGUGCUCAAUUCGAAAUACGCCUUCCUGCUCGAGAGCACUAUGAACGAGUACCACCGGAGACUGAACUGCAACCUCACACAGAUCGGGGGCCUGCUUGACACCAAGGGCUAUGGCAUUGGGAUGCCACUGGGGUCCCCAUUCCGGGAUGAGAUCACUCUCGCCAUCCUACAGCUUCAGGAAAACAACCGCCUGGAAAUCCUGAAACGCAAAUGGUGGGAAGGAAGCAAGUGCCCCAAGGAGGAAGACCACCGUGCCAAAGGGCUUGGCAUGGAGAAUAUUGGAGGCAUUUUUGUGGUGCUGAUCUGUGGGCUCAUCAUAGCUGUUUUUGUGGCUGUCAUGGAGUUUGUAUGGGCCACGCGCCGCUCGGCUGAACAUGAGGAGAUCUCCGUCUGCCAGGAGAUGCUGCGCGAGCUGCGCCACGCCGUCUCUUGCCGCAAGCCGACCCGCUCCCGCCGCCGGCGCCGCCACUAUGCCACCCGCGGGGCCCUGUCGCUGCGCUCCGUGCGCGAGAUGCGCCUCAGCAACGGCAAGCUCUACUCGGGGACUUUGGUGCCGGAGCCGGGCCCGCAGCGCCUCCUGGAGGAGCCCCCCCGGCCUUGCACGCACGUCCGCAUCUGCCACGAGUGCCGGCGCAUCCAGACUCUGCGGGGAGCGCCCCCGCCGCCUCGGGGGGCCCCACCCCCUGAGGAGGGCACUCCACGACGGGGGGUCCCCCGUGAACUCAGCGAGCAGGAGUGACGCCCCCCACUUGCUUCGUGCCCCUCCCCCACC